AACAUUUGUCUUGCCAUUGAAAACAGAAUAAAAAGUGCUUACUUAGGUAAAUUCAUUAACUUUCAUUACUUUACCUUAUUCGAGUAUUCGAGUGAUCUUCCGCAUUUAAAAAAGAUAUGGAAUUCAUGGCUUUUUUACUGACAAGACUGUCGAUUGUUGCAUUUUUCAGAUCAUAUAUUAAGUGGUUGCAACCUGAGUACCCAUCAUCAGUUCUUUAGAGUUUGCAGCAAGUGCAAUAACUCUUCUUUUAAUUUAUUUAUAUUUAUUUAAUUAUUUAUUAAAAACAACAAUGAGGAAUCAGUUUGUUGUGGCGUUUGUGUGCCUCGUUUCUUGGACAGUGGCGUCAGCUGAUAUCCUAGUCAACGUUAAUGUCAAUAAGCCAGUUCAUGAUGUCAGUGAACAAUUUGUUAGUUUCUCCAUUGCACCUGAGCUGUUGUACGGAACUUUGGAUGGAGAGAAUAAGAAAACUUUAACAGAUAUGGCAGCUCUUCUGGGUCCAUCGUAUGUCAAGCUUACUGGUGAUUAUUUCUUCCCAACUGACAUUAAGAGCACUCUUAAGAACCCAACUCAAACUAUCUGGAGUGGAUUCAACAGAUGGACUCGGGCUAUGAACUGGACAAUGGUUAUUCCUGUUCAAUAUACUCCUCAGUCCUGGGACCCUAUCGAUGCAUUGAGGGUUCUGAACAUCUCAAACAUUAUUGGAAUUGAUAACUGCGUUUGGCAAUUGGGUUUAGACUUUGGUGCUUCGAGGGCUUCGGAUUAUGUUGCUGAUCUGCAAACGCUUGACACAAUGGUUGAUACAUUCCGACCAUAUAUCAAGGAAUGGAAAGUGAUUGGUGCCGAUAUUACCGCUGGAAGCAGUGCUGAGGAAACUAAACGCUAUAUUGAUAUGUCAAGCGAUGUAAAUGCAGCCUUCGGAUGGAAUCAACCAGCUGGAUAUCACGUUGAAGAAAAUGUAAAUGGCUAUAUCUACGACAAGGAUCUUUCACUCAAAGCCAUGAUGGAGAAAAAAGUCCCAGUCUGGCUAAGUUUGCCACCCAAGGGACCCAUCAAUCAUCAAAUCUCCAACGGCUACAGCAACAUUGAAGUCUCCGAGGCAAUCCGAUGGGCUCAAACAUUAGGUGAUGCGGCAAGUUCUGGAUUCUCCGCAGUUUUUAAGCCCCUUACCGAAGAAGACGUCAGUACCCCAAGUUAUAGCUUCUUUGUGAGUGCUCUGUUCAAGAAAAUCAUGGGUAAUCGAGUGUUUGCUGCUAAACCUGUAAAGAGAUACACAUACUCAUCGAAAGUCUACUCCCACUGUGCUAAUGGCAUAUCAGGAGGAUUAGCUCUUAUGGGUGUUAACACCGAGGACUAUGUAGUCAAGAUUUCUGCGAAGCCUUCGGCUAAAUUCACAGGUUCCGAAGUGUGGCAGUUUGUUUUAACGUCGAAAAAGGGAGUUAUGUAUUUGAAUAACGAAAUCUUGACCCUCAACUCGACCCUUGAUCCAUUCGUUAGAAUAAAGCACCCCAACAAGCCACUUGCCAUGAACAUGCCACCAAUGUCUGUUGGUUUCUGGGUACUUCCUCUCGCAAACCAUGAAGAUUGUCAAUUCACCGAGCUACUCACAAACCAUGACACUCAAUGGGAAGGACGUCAUAGAAGGCAAACUUCCUCCGAUAGGCUUUUGAAGAAACUCAUCCUAGAGACCUCUUUCACUGACCAAAUGAAGAAUCGUCGUCGUCGCGACACUUCAAACACCUUGAAAAAAGAAUCCGCUUUGAGUAAUGGAAAUUUGGUCAAACGCCACAGGAGAUUUAUCUUGCAAGAAACUCCAGGAGCAAAUCCUGCACCACCAAAGGUUAGCCCUCAAGUUGUAGCCCAAGAAAGAAAUCUUAAGAAGAGAGAAAAUGCCCACAACUGGCUUAAGACCCUUGUCUUAAAUCCACUUAUCCCAAACCCGCUUCUCACUAAAGUAGAUUGGGGUCUCAAACGUUCCCGUCGUGCAGCUGACUUCUUAACUACCAUGUUAGCCAAAAACACUGGAAAGCUUUCUUUGCGCCGCCAGCAUGUAGUUUCAAAACCACAACAAGAACGCGAUGAGGCCAGUAUUUUCAAAACCACUGUUGCACAAAUGGCGAUGCCCCAAGGUGAUGUCCAUUUCGAUUAUAUAACCGAUGUAAAUGGAGAAGAAAUCAGCACAAAGGAAAGCCGUGAAGAAAUCGUAGAUGAACGAAUGACCAAACUUUCAAAUAAGGAACUGCCAUCGGAAUUCUACGAAGCCAUCGAUCAUCGAAGGUACCAACCUAAACCUUUCGAAUACCAAGCCGUUGCUAGACCAGAAGUUUCUGAUGUAUCAGCUAUUGAGGGUGCAACCAAAUACAUCAGUCGAAAUCAGUUAGAAAAUCAAUCCUUUGAGCAAAUACAAAAAGAGAACAUCCAAACUUACAACAAGAAUUCAUUCGAAAAGCCAACAAACUCAAAAUUGCCCUUCAAACCUGAAUUCCCCAUGACUCCGUAUCCAAUUUUGAGAAACGAAAAUGCCAGACAGUUUUUCUACGAGCCAACUGAAAAUGGUGAAUAUAGGACUUACUCGUAUUUGAAUGCAGAAAAAUCCUCUCUACCUAACUGGGAACAAACUGAAAGGACAAAAAGGUCAAUCGGUGGUGGAAAGUACAUGUACAAAACAUUGCAGGACAAUCUGAUCGGUCAAGGUGAACAUAUUGAACCGUUGACGUACAAUAACGAACAUAUGAGCGAGACAAUCUUGGAAGAGUCUAUUCUGGGAGCUGAUGGACGUGCAGCAGCUGAAAAUGUCAAGAGUAGAGUUUCGAAAAUUUUGGGUGCCGUAAAAACUCAUUUAAGUGAUUUCUUCAGUACACUAAUUAAUUAAAUGAAUGAACUGUAAUGAAUUGAACACAAAAAAGAAGUGAGAAAUCGAAGUUCUUCAGUUUUACUU